GCGAUGAAGCUGAGCCUUCCGGUUCCGAGGUCACCGUCCUGAUCUCUGGAGCAGGGAGAACAAGGCCCUGGACGCCGACAGUGGAUGGGUCACUUCGAACGGAGAGCGGAGAGACGUGCAGUGAGACACCCGAGGGUUCUGAAGUGCCUUACCCUCGGCUGCUAGCCCGCCGCGAGAAUAGCCCCGGCCUGUUGGCGACCAUUCCCGGACGAGCCCGAGUACUUGAUCAGGCGGCCGCGCGCGGGCGUCUACAAGAUGUUCGGCGUGACCUAUGGCUCGAUCAGCCGCACGACCGCCUUUCUGCGCAAGGUGAUCGUGUUGAAGUUCCGCUACGUGCACUUGCCCGUGAGUGUCCCGGGCAAGCCAUUGAAGAGGACCUCGGUGUCUUGGAGGCCGAGGGCAAGGAUAAGAGCGCCAGGAAGCCGGAAGCCUCCGGAACCGGAGGCGGUGCCCAGAACUACCUCAAGCUGCACAGCUCGUUCCCUCCGGAGUUUCGUGCCCGGCCUGGUGAGUCUUGGAAGGACUACUGGCGCAGCGUGGAGUUCUGGUUGGCGUCGGAAGGAUCUCAGCUCCCCCAUGCUGUUCGGAGCUCGAGAUUGAUGCAGCAGCUUAAGGAGCGAGCCGCGAAGAUCGUGAACCACUUGACAGUGGACGAGGUUUCGGGCGAGGACGGCAUCGACAUCAUCAAGAAUGAGAUGGAGAAGCGGCAGAAGUUUAUGCGCCUCACCCGUUACGCCGGCGAAUCCUUGGAAAGCUUUAUCAACAGAGCCUCGAUCUACCGCCACGAGAACGACCGGUGCCAGAGCUGCAAGGUGGGGUCCAAGUUCUACCUGGGCCACCUCAUGGAUGCGGCCCGCCUCACCCGUAAGGACGAGGCCUUGGUCAAGACGGCGGCGGGCGGCUUGAACGAUGAGACGAAGGUCGUGAAUGCUAUGCUGGAGCUGGCGGAGCAGCUGGAGGGAGCGAGUGGAUGCCCGAUAGGCCGUGGCGAACCAGAGAUGCAUGAUGACGACGAGUUCUUGGUGCAAAAGAACCGCGGCCACCAUGGGCAUGAUCGUGACGAUAAAAGCCGAGGCGAUGGCAGGACCCACCGCACCGACAAGGGGAAGUUCACCCGAGACAAGCGAACUGGCAAGUUUCGCCGCUGGAAGCAGGUGUUUCACGCCGUGAUGGGCGAGGACUCCGACGGCUCCGGGCCGUCCAAUGGCCCCUCAGAUGAGGACGUGGCAGGCCUCCUCGAGGAUGACGAGGAGGACGAUGGCGAGGCGCCCUCAACUGGCGAUGCCGAGGCGAAGAAACGUGUGAACGAGAUCAAGCAGAUGCGCCAGUACUUUCAGAAGGGCUCUCCCCCGGAGAAGGCCGGCAAUCGCCCUGCCCAUGCGGUACAUGUGACGGCCGGCGUUCCGAAUGCCGACCCCGGACAAUGGCGCUUGCUCGAGGCGACGGUGUUGGGGGUUCAAGUCAUCCUGCGUCUGAGUGUGGUCCCAGGAGAGUGUCCGCCUUUGCUUUCCAAACAUGCGUGCAGUCAGCUGGGUAUGGUCAUUGACACAGAAUUCCACACUGUAUCAUCCCGAAAACUCAAAGUGAAGAAGUAUGGUUUGGCACAGACGUAUGGUGGUCACUAUGCCCUCCCCAUUGCAGAGUUCGACGACAACAUGCCCACUGUACCUGGCCCUCCUAUGCCCCCUCAUCUUGAAGCCUCUCCUGUGUAUGUUGCUGAGCAUGUCGUGAACGUCACAACUCAACCUGAGCCUCGAGGUGCCAACAGCGUGUUCAAGUCAUGGACCAGGAGGGAUAAGUGCAUAGCUAACACAGUGGGUCCGGGCAAGAUCGGGCCUCCUUGGAGCAUGGUGAUUCGUCGUACGGUGUUGGACAGCGAGUCAGGCGAGCAGUUGCUUGAUGAAGAGGAGCGAGUGGAGGGAUCGAGCGGCCCGGCGAAGCACCGGAUGGACGCGAACGACACCGAGGACGAGGCGUUCUCCAAGGCCCUGAGCGGGGACGGGCUCUCCGAAUGGAGUCACGUGGAGCCCGAGUCGCCGAAGCCUUUGCGACAUCAUUCGAAGCUUCGCGCAGCCCUGGCCCGCGAUUGGCAGCGGGCGCGUUCCAAGUCGGCCGAGAAGGCGAGAGCAAGAUCAGUCGAGAAGCCUCUCCGCGCCAAGGUGGAGGUCAAGAACAAUCGCAAGAAGGCGGCUUCUCCCGGCCCUACGACUACAAGGUCGGCUCCAGCUCCGGCGACCCCCAGCACUUCUUCCAAGGACAAGCGCACCAAGGCGAUGCUCGAGGCGCAAGCGGAGGAGCUCGAGGAGAUGCUCAAGCCCCACAUGGACCCGUACUCCAUAGCGACGCCGGGCUCGAGAGCAACGAAGGCGUACUGGGUCCAACGAGUGGCGGACCUGGAGGAGGAGUGGCACUACUGCAAUUUGCCGCCGGAGCCGAUGGAAGAGGCAGCAGCGGAGGACGAGAAGGCCACGCGGUUGGUGAGGACGACGAGGCCGACUCCUUCCAAGACGCCCGAAGCCAAGCCGGAAGUGAAGACGGCCAAGGGGAAGGGCCCAGCGAAGACCCAUAUGUUGACCGACCACACGGCCCCGUUCCCCUCCGCCCUGAGCAAUCGUUUCUCGGACGACCUGGUGGUGAACAUCAUGUUCAGCCUCCAGAGCCAGCUCUUCACGUUCAAGUGGAAGAUGUUUGUGUGGAUGCAGCGGAUCAGGGAGGCGAUCAGGGACGAGAUGGGGCCGCGCACCCGUUGGAAGAGAAAUCCCAGGUGGAUGAUGCUUCUGCUCGGGCGACAGCUGGGAGCGAUGUGGGGCCACUUGGGAGCAGCCCGCCAGAUGUGCAACGAUCCCCGUCGAGCCGAACUGAUGAUCGGCGCAAAGGUGGACCCCGCCACCCGUCACGCGGACUCGAGCAGCCAGUGCGGUGAUCGCCGAGGUGUUCCCUACAGGAGGUCCUCCUUCCAUGAAGAAGUGUGGGCAGCUAUGGCGUCAACUCCAAGAGUGCAAGCCGGAUGUGUUGAUCAUGCAGCCUCCUUUUGUGGACCCUGGUCUCCGUGGUGGCAGGGAUCGAAGCAAGAACAGGAGGCUGCGAAGGUUCGCUAUUGGCCUAUGUGGAGGCUCAUCAGCCAGAUGUGGAACUACCAGACCGUCCACCGUCGUCUGGUGUUGUUGUUGACGCCGGCGAAGAUGCAGUCUCCAGGACUGGAUGAAAUGAGGCGCCUGCACGAGCUCUACUACAAGAUGCACAGUGGAGAACGUGACCCGGGAUUAUAUGAGCAAGACGGCCCCCGCGAUCCUGUGUUUCAAGAUCGAGUGGAUCUAUGCCAAUGGGGCGCCGUGGACCCGGGCACCAAGAAGCCCUACAAGAAGAGCUGCAGACUGGAGGUGAAUGACCCCUACUGGUGGUGUGCUCAGUUGGCGCAUGGCAGUCGAUGCCAGCAUCCUCCUGGAUCUCAUCAGGAGGUGAAGGGCAAGUGUUCGGACGAUGGAGUGCCUGUGAGCCGGGCAGAGCAGGCACAUCGGUGGCCUGAGUCUUGGGUCCGCCGAUGCUUGGUUACGGCUGCUGAUGCUUUACGAUUGCAUACUUUGCACCAAGAAUGCCCUCGAGAACUUCAUUGGGCAACAGUGCCGGUGGAGGUGGAGCAGAGUCCGGAAGGAAUGCUGCGCCAGAGGCUGGGCGAGGCCACGGGCGACCACUACGACUACAUCUACUUCGAGGGGACGAGUGGAUCUCUAUCACGGCAGGCCGUGACGGACAUGCGGUGCCAGGUGUGCCAAUCGGUGGUCCCGCCCAAGUCGGCUCCGAGAGUGGCCUAUGAGAGGCCGCAGCGUUUCAAUGAGAGAGUGGUCACGGAUGUGUUCUUCAUUUGGGAUGCCGACAAAGUGAAAUACUCGGUGGUGCAUGCUGUGGAUGCCUUCUCCCUGUACCAGGUGGCUACCUUGAUGAAAACCCCCCGUUCCGAUCAUGUGGCGCACUUCUUGAAGAACCACUGGAUCGGGGUGUUUGGGCCGCCGGAGGUGCUGAUGAGUGAUGCAGGGACCGAGUAUGCGGCCGACACCGAGUCCUUGUUGAGAGCAUUCGAUGUGUGCCACGAAAUGGUGCCCCCGGCCACGAAAUGGAGAAUGGGACUGGGCGAGAGACACGGAGCAGUCCUCAAGCUCUUGGUGAUGAAGACUAUAUAUGCUACGUCGGCCAAGGGCUAUAGUGAGACCAAGGAGUGCGUGAUGGCCGCCACGGGCCACUUCAAGUAUGUCUUGAACCAGGACCUCGCGUUUGACGAGGCCCGACGCCGAAACGAGCAGAUCCGCCAGGCUGCUGAACAGGCUCCGGAGGAGGGAGCUCAGAAUGUUUUUAGUGGGUGGGGCGCGGCCAUGGAGACCGCAGCUUCCAAGGAAGCCGGCGAGGUUUUCGCAGUUACUGCUAAUUCGCUGAUGCCUUUCAAACGGAAGCAUGGAAAAUCUGGGCUAGGGAAAGCUCUGUUGGCCUCUGAAGAAGACCCUGACAUUCUGGAGACUCGUGAGCGCGAUCGCUGGGUGGAAGUUAUGAGUGUUUUUAUCACUGAAGCCCAGCUCCCCGUCGUAGCUUUGAUCGAAGGUUCGGAGGACCGUCGCCAAGCCUGGCGUCGGGUAUUCGGCACGCAGCGGGCCAAGACCUUGAGGAAUCGUGCCAGGGCUUUCAAGCGUUUUCGGGUCUGGCUGGAGACUGUCCGGGGUCGUUUGUGGCCCACCCGUGUUUCAGAUAUUACAGAUUUUCUGGAGGAACGGGCAAAGGAUGGCUGUGGUUUCAGUGUGCCUGGGGAUUUGCUGGCUGCCCUCUCAGUGCUUGAGUCAGUGGGACGUGUUCCUGCGAAGGAGCGAUUUUCAGCAGAUGAGACUGUCAAGGCGAUGGCUCGCUCUAUUACUGAGGAGCUUCAGAGCCGUGCAGCCCCACGUCGGCCAGCAAAGUUGUAUACAGUGGCUGUGCUUAUUGCCCUGGAGGUUUUUGUGCUUGAUGCGACUUCUUCAUUGUUUGCAAGGGUUAUUGCCUGGGUGAUUCUGCUGCAGCAUUGGAUGGCCAUGAGGGCAGAUGAUGUUCAGUGGCUGGAUCCUGGGCGCAUGACACUUACAGCUAGUGGCUUGGCUGGUGUGCUGAGACGCACCAAAACAACAGGACCUGGCCGUCGAGCACGUGAGGUGCCCGUGUAUGUUAGCAGGGAAGUUUCUCUUUCGGGGAAUGAUUGGCUUCAAGCUGGCUUCGCUUUGUUUCGCAGGCCGGAGCUUUUCUGGAAGCGUUCUUACUUCAUUCCUUUCCCUUCGACCGAUUGGAGUUCUGGGGUAAAGAAACAUUUGUCUCCCGAAAUGUUGAAUGUUUGCAUCAAGAGAGUACUUUCUGAGCUGCAUGCUCCCACCCGAUGGGAGCGUACCUGGAGGAAGGGAGAGGUGGCUCUCAUCACGCAGGAGCUCCUGCCAUUUUGGUCGGGGCAUUCUGCGAGGCAUUGGCUGCCGGCUUGGGCGGCGAACUUAGGUGUCUCGAAGCAGGAUAGGGACUUCCUGGGGCGCUGGCAGGCCGGGGCACACGAGAGCAAUGAAUACAUCGUCACUUCGCGAGAGGUUGUGCAUCGUGUGCAGAUGCAUGUGGUCGAAGGGCUUGUGCAAGGGCAUGCUGGAGUCGAUGAGCUUCCCAUCUUGAACGAGCUGCAUGAAUUUGGUAAUCCUCGUGGGGUGAGUUUCGCACGCGGGGCAAGUCGCCAUCGUGUCUGGAGGACAAAUGACGACGGGCAUCGUGCCCUCCUGCUAGGUUACCCUCUGGACUACGAGCUGGAGGCCGACGUUGGCGAGGGUGAAGCGGCCCUGGAGGUGGCCGUGGAAGAUGAGGACACUCCGAAGAGAGAUUGGUCCGAGUAUCCCUAUUGGGUCUCCAUUUCUAGGAAGAGCCAAUUUCGUCGUCUGCAUGCUAAAGACAAAUGCGGAGUUUUGCCCUGGAAUGUCUUUUCGGCUGAAGGGUUCACGAAUGUUUCGGAUGCCAAUGCUGAUGCUUGGUGCAAGAGCUGCUGGAAGAAGAUUGCACAGGGAGAGGCGGAGGCUUCUAGAGAGGCCUCCUCCUCGGGCUCGUCCUCGAGUACAGAAAUCGAGGAGCCGGAGCAAGAGGCGGACCUCUCGUUCUGCUGUCAUGUCCUCAGGAGCAUGGCCGAGGAUGCAGCGCGGCGAGCCUAUGUGGCACAGCAUGUAAGUGCUGACCUUGUGUAUGUUUGGGAGGAGAUGGGAGUCAGCCUGGCCGCCAUUGCAGCCUUAGUGGCUGCGUGGCAAUCUUGCUACGACAUGGCCGACCAAGAGCGGCGAUUGAAGGCUGAGGCACAUGUGCUCGGCUUGCCUAAGCCUUUGCCCUCGAAUGAUCGGAUGGGCAUGCGGCAUGCUUUAGAGGGUGUCGUAGGAGCUCUAGAAGAGAAAGAUGAACCUAGCUCCACCUAUCUUGCUCUCAAGUUAGAGGAAGUGGAGGCGGGCGAGCUACGUGCCGCUGUACUCGAUGAGGUGACAAGUGUCUCUGAUGAAGUGAAUGCUCAGUUUCAGUCUUCGGUGGACUCCUCAGGCCGUUUGCGGCUUGUCAAGGAGAGGAAGAAAGCCAAGCUCCCCUCGACUUCCGAGGAGCUUCGACAGCGGUUGCGAUUGGAGUGCUACACGUUUCUCAUGCUGGCAGCUCGCUUUCGCACUAAGCCUUGGUUCGUGGAUCUCCGUGUGCAGGAUUUCACUAAGCAUGUGGAUUAUGUGCUUGGGGACAAGGUUUAUCUUCUCCAGAUGUCCCGGACAGAUGGCUCAUCGGGUACGCAAGCAGUAAAUCCCUCGUGGGACAUUGCAACCACCUUGGGUGAGGUCAGGGCUGAUGCUGCCUUGAAGGAGACCUACUUCGUGGGUCCAUUGGCGCUCGAGCCGGCGAGUCGGGGGCCUUCGGCAUCAGCACCACCGCCUCUGGCUAAAUGGGCCCGUUUGGAGGAUCAUGUGCCAGACGCCGACAAGGGGUACAAGGGCCGUGACAAUAAAGGGCGAGGCAGAGGGGGAAAAGGCUCCUUGAGGCUCGGCUUUCCUUCUUCGAAAGGGUUUGUCUUCAGCAACACUCCGGAUGGUCGUCAGAUUUGCUAUGCGUACAACAAUGGCACAUGCAAGGGAGAUUGUGGUCGUGUGCACGUCUGUCAGCUUUGCCUGAAGCCACACCCGCGGAAGACGUGCAAACUACAGAAGGACAAGUCAGGACUCGGCGAACACUUGGGCAUCGGCCUCAGCAGCUUAUCCUCUGCCCAUGUGCACUUGGCUGGCCAAGAAUAUGCUGCUGGGGGUCACGAUCCAGAGGAGGACUCCGAUGCCUCUGCUGGUGAUGAGACUUUCGUCUCUUCAACUGGAAAUGCCUGGGCCCGUGAAUCAAGUGGGAUCAUCGGUCUGCGCGCGCACGUUGCCAGCCACCCUUGGACCACGGCGCUCUUGUGUUCCAUUCUUCGUGCUGCCUGUCCGGGUCCGGUCUUCACUUCGGUGGUUAUUUCUCGAAAUCGCCAGGUCCUGCCUCACAGCGACAGUCAGAAUGGCCUCAACACUUGGAAUAUCUUGGUGCCUGCUUCAAGAUUCUGGGCCGGGGGCGUGUGGCAGGAGUGCGAGGACGGUGCAGACCCCAUGGAGUAUGAGGGCACAGUGCACUGGGGCAAAAUCUUGCCAGUGGCUUCAGGUCCUCAGCUGCUGGACCCGCGACGGCUGUUUGCAACGUUAUCUUGGAAAGGCAUCCGCACGGUGGUCAUUGGCUUCUCUAUUCGGGAGCCACAUAAGGCGAGCCGCCAAAUCAAGACGAUGUGGACGAAGCUUUCAGGCCUAGCUGAGGCGACGCAGACCAAUGAGGCUCUCGGGGCAGGGCACCAACCACCUUUGCAACUCGUGGAGCGGGCAUCGGGCGAGGAAGGAGACACCUUCCAUGGCCACCUCGUCCAGGCGCCCAAGGACAACUUUGGAGAUCCUCUCACCGUGCAAUGGAGGGGCAAGGUGCACUCCUUCGUGGAUGGUUGCGGGCUCAACAGCCACGGGCCGUUGGCGCCCCACGGCUCGAGGAAGCUUCUCGACGAUUUCAUCCGAUCCGAGAUCGGAGAUGUUCAGAGGGCAUUCUUCAUGCUGGCUUUGGGGAAGUACGAGGAGGCACCGUUCUCAGAUCAGGCGCUUUCGCAGACUUGCCGGGCAAUGGGGGAUGAGGACUGGGAGGUCCUCACCCGUGCGGAGGACAACUACUCUAGGGAGCGCAGGCCGAAGGGAAAGUGGCGAGAGUACGAUGAGUCUGAGUUCCAGGCAAUAAACGAAAACUAUGCUUCAGCUAAGGCGGUUCCAGAUCAACUUGAAAAGCAGUUUGAGGAGGAAGAGGCCUUGGGCUUCAUGUAUCCCCUCUCCGAGAAGGAGGCACGCCGUCGUUUCGGGGAUACGCUCAGGGUUGCUAGCCUUGGUGCCAUCAUUAAGGAUGAUGGCUCGGUCAGGGCAUUGUUCGACGGAACGCACUCUGUCAAGUUGAACAACAUGAUCACCGUUGCUGAUAAGCUAGAGUUUCCUACGCCAUCAAACGUGGCGCGGGCCAUGGAAAUCCAGCUGGAGGACGGGAACCAUCUUCUUGUGGGGAUCGCUGCAGAUAUUGCAAAGGCACAUCGCAGAUAUAAGCAUGCUCCGGAGGAUCAUGGGUACUUGGGAUGUCGUGCCCGUCCCGAUGGGCCCGUAUGGAUUAAUCGGGUUGGGACUUUUGGUGUGGCGUGUGCAGCGUAUCAUUUUGCAAGGUUGGCAGGCUUGGUGGGCCGUGGUGCGCUCCGUAUGGCCCAGCAGGCGACCUUGUUUCAGAUGCUUUUUGCAGAUGAUUUACAAAUCAUGGCUGGAGGGGAGAGCAAGUAUCACGACAUAUGGGUUGUGCUCCUCUACUGGCUCAUGGUGGGUACUCCCUUCAAGUGGUCCAAGUUCCGAGGUGCUUUACUGGUUGCGACCAUUCAUGGGCCCCUUGCACCGUUGGAAAGCUGCCAUUCACCCUGGCACCGUGGCUCUGAUGCCGCGUAUGGUGAUGGUGGUGCUGCGCUACCUCUUGCCUUUCGCACCGAUGCGAAAGCGGAGGACGACUUCUUCGUGCUUGGAGGAUGGGAAACUUUGCACAGUUUCAACACUAAGGAAUGCCGAUGGUUUUCAGUGAAAGUGCAAGCUGCUGAUUUUCUUUACGGGGCUGCAAAGGGGAUGAGCACAGUGGCCGAGCUCCUGGCUACGUGGCUGGGGCUGCACUUGUUUGGAUGGCUCGCGACUACGGGUCGAAGCUUCAGUGUUUCUGCUGGUACAGAUAAUUUGGCAAAUGAACUUGUCCUGCGUCGCCAAAGCGCGACAAAAUUUCCACUGACUUAUGUGUACAUGCAGCUUGAAUAUGACCUGUGUCGUUGUGGCGGCCAUAUGAGCUUGAACUGGCGCCCUCGAGAGCUCAAUGCUGCUGCUGACGAGUUGACAAGCUCCUGUUUCGAAUCUUUUGAUCUUGCCAAGAGGAUCGAGCUUCGUGCAACUGAUAUGCCUUGCGAGCUUCUUCGCGAGCUUGCAAGUUUUCAUGAUGAGAUGUUGGAAUGGAGAAAAGGGGGAGAAGGUGGAGCCCCCGUUUCACGACUUACGAAGAGGCAGAAGCUCGCUACAAAGACGAAGUGGUGA